UUGAACUCGAAAUUUCAGAGAAACCCGUGCUCGAGAAAUCGCUGUGAUAAUGGAGCUGUAUGCCGCCCUACAGCGAACUAUCGGAACUAUACGUGCGAAUGUAAACCGGGUUUCGAAGGGAAAUUCUGCGAAAUGGACAUUGAUGAAUGCAAGGAGGAACCGUGCCGUAAUGGCGGGACAUGCCACAACACCCAUGGGCACUACAACUGUGUCUGUCCAGUAGGCUAUGCUGGCACGGACUGCAUAGAAAACAUCGACGACUGCGCUAGAAGCCCAUGCCUGAACAAUGGUACUUGCAUAGAUGAUCUGGCUAAUUUUCACUGCGUCUGUCAGCCUGGAUACACUGGACGAACCUGUGGUGUUGACAUAGAUGACUGUGCUGAGAACCCCUGCCUAAAUGGCGCUACCUGUGUGGAUGGAAUUAAUCGCUACGAGUGCUUGUGCAAGAGAGGAUUCAGCGGGCGUGACUGCCAUAUCAACGAUGACGACUGCAGACCUGGUCUGUGUCUAAAUAAUGGCAAAUGCAUCGACCUUGUGAACGAUUACAAAUGUGACUGUCCUUACGGCUACACUGGUCGCAAUUGUCAAAUUUUCGUCGAUCUUGACAAAUUCAACGAUACUGAUAGGUUAGUGGGUUUCAAAAUUGUUUUCGGGCAGAAUUCCAGCGUUAUAUUCCAUUUUGUUGGUCCUGAGUUCUGA